AUGCGGCCGCUGGAGCGGCGCCGGAGCGCGGUGCUGCCGGCCGCUGUCGGUGCGCUGUGCCGGGCCCUGCCGCCCCGCGCCCGGCCUGCCCCCGACACCCUCCGCCGCGCCAAGUUCGACCGGCCGCAGGCGAGCCUGGAUUUCUGGAAGCUGCUCUAUACUCUUCUGAAACAUGUUCACAGAGGCAAAUGGACAGAGUCUGAUGCCAUAGAUAACCAAAUAGGGUUUGUCAAGGCAGCGCUGUGGUACCACGGCUAUGGCAGGCCAGCGCUCUACGGGCUGCCCCGGGACGGCUCCGCAGGCAGCCGGGAGCUGCUGCUGGCGUUUUCCUGGCUGCUGCACAGACUCAGCCUCCUGGAGCAGCUUUUGGCUCGGAACAGAGUACAGACUGGGGAUGAAACCUCUGCGUGCACGUGUGAAGAUGAUCUGCCAACCAGCCAGAAAAGUGCAACUGAUACAGCACCUGAACACGGGCUAGAAGACAGAGUAGAUGUUCGCUACCUUCAGUGGUUAAGUGGGAGGCUGAGGCUCCAGUGGCGGAGUUUGCAUGCUCAGCACCAAGAGCAAAGCAAACUUUUGCACAAGAUCCAUUUAUUGACUAGAGGCUCCCAUAUGGACCAGAACCUUGGACAUUUUUCUGUCACAGAAAUGGAUCUCAUUAGACAACCGGAGAGCUGCAAGCAGCUGUUACAGCUUCUGGAGUCUGAAACCAUGCAACUAGAAGCCUUUCUGGAGUGGAAGCAACUGGAACCAGUUUAUUGGCAGUGGAUGGAAACUGUGUUAGAUAGUAUGGCUGAAGAGGGAAAUACCUGUGAGUCCCAGGAUGCUCAUGUGGAGAACAGCAGGCUGGCAAAGGUGCCCCCAUGCUGCCCCUGGGCUGACAGCCUGACUGGGCAAAUCGAGAGGCUGUCCAGAGAUCUGAUGACUCUCCAUGACCACCUGCAUCAGCUUGUGACUCACCGAAGGGCUGCGUGGUGUGAGAAGGUGAAAACAAGAAAGGGAGAACUACAGAAGGAAGGGUUCCCUACCACUGCUAGGAAGAUACAGGAGAGUGUUGAACUAAAGCUGCUAGAUCUCACACACCUGUGUGUUCCAAACAAAAAUAAAGCACAUGGUUCAUGCAGGCUGGUGUUCAGAAGCAAGCAUCCUGCCAGCAAAAGGGGAUUCACUAGGUCUGGAUCCAAGGAGCCUGUUUCAGCUGUCAGUGCUACAGAGGUGAUCAGAGAGCUGCAGAUGAGAGAGGCCAGCCUGAAGAGAGAGCUGAAGCAGCUGCAGGAGGAGUGCAGGCAGAGGCUGGAUGAAAUUGCAGAAGGGUUGGAUGGAGUGAUUUGUAUCUCCCCUUGA